CGAACCGGGGCGGGCCUCGGCAGCGUUGUUGGAGGCUCUGGUGUCUGCGGCCAUGCUGGUGCUGGUGGUUCCGCCGUGGCCUGCAGCCCGGGAACUUCUCCGGAACUGCUGGCAGCGACUGCAGUGGACACUCCAGCAGAGCCGGCCAGGCUUUCCCAGGCCUCCGUGGGAACCAGCUUUAGCAGUCCAAGGUCCGGCUAUAUUUACGGAAUCAGCAAAUGAUACUAAUGGAAGUAAGGAGGUUUCCAGCCUUUUGGAUAGUAUCUUUUGGAUGGCAGCACCCAAAAAGAGACGUAGUAUUGAAGUUAACCGGUGUAGGAGAAGAAACCCUUACAAGCUCAUUAAAGUUAAGCACAACAUAGUCGUUUGUCCUGAAUGCGGUCACCUGAAACAGAAACACGUCCUUUGCGGCUAUUGCUAUGAGAAUGUGCGCAAGGAGACUAAAGAAAUCAGAAAAGAGAUGGGGAAACUAGAAGGGGGCCCUUUUAAGGCUCCUACUGUAGAGACUCUGGUGCUGUACAGGGGAGAGACACCGUCUGAACAAGAUCAGGGCAAGAGGAUCAUUGAACGAGAAAAGAAGCGACCAUCCUGGUUCACCCAGAAUUGACACCAGAGAUGGUUAAAAAGGGUAACUUAAUGUAAAACGUUGCUCCUGGAAAAGAGGAAGUUUUUGUAUUUUUAAUGUUUUGUGUCUUUUAAAAAUCAUCAAGGUAGCUUAAAACAUUCUUCAUAAGAAGUUUUGUGUGGGUAAUUUGAAAACAAUAUCAGAAAUAAAAUCUGAAAAUGUUUGUGCAGAG